CUCUUCACAGAUAGAAACAAUCCGCUUCUUCCCCACCCAAGCUGGCUGGGUUUUAAUAAGGGAGUUUCUGGGCUGGGACCCCCUGUAGGGUGCAGGCUGGGGUGCCCUACUGGUAUGUGCCCCAACAGGUUUUCCCCUAUCAAUCGUGAAAUCAGCCCAGAGCCUGUCUGACCUGCCCCCCAGGGAGCUGGAGCCGGGAGGCAGAGCUCCCGCAGACGCUGGACUUCAGACACUUCUGGCUUCUGUAGUCCCACCCGGCCCCACAGGGAAACCAGUGCACAAAGCCUCCUGUGUCCGACUGAGCUGCGGAGAGUCAGGCUGAGUUCACUUGCGUGGGUUAAGGCCCAGUUCUUGGGAGGAGAGAUGCUAGGCGGAGAGGUGUUUGUAUGGGGACGGGGUACUGCCUGGUCCUCUCCCAUGGCUGGGAGGGGCCAGAGCCUAAAACAACAGCUGGGUUGGUCCACAAGAGAGGUCAUCUGACCAGCUGCUCAGCUGAGACUGCCCACGCCCCCCUUCUACCAGGCUACACACCAGCUGCUGCCCACAAAGGCAAGCCACUAGGCCACCACAAUACCUAUCUCACCUCUAGCUCCGCUGGGGACCCAUGUCCCCACAAGAACGCAUCUAUCAGGUCAGAGAUUGCACCUGCUGACCCGAAGACCCCAGCCUGAGAUUCCUAGGGAAAAAGGCAGACAACCAGGGAAGCCACUUGUACAAUGUCCGUGAGCAGCGAGAAUGUGGGAUACUCUGUGACCCGAGAGAUACUCAGCUACCUGGGCCUUGCCAACAAGACUGCCGCUUGGGGGACCCUGGGGACCCUCAGGACCUUCUUGAGCUUCAGUGUGGACAAGGAUGUACAGAGGCUGCUGAGGGCCAUUACAGGCCAAGGUGUGGACCACGGUGCCAUUGUGGAUGUCCUAACAAAUCGGAGCAGAGAGCAAAGACAGCUCAUUUCUCGAGCCUUCCAGGAACGAACCCAACAGGACCUGCUGAAGUCACUGCAGGCUGCACUCUCAGGCAAUGUGGAGAGGAUCGUGGUGGCUUUGCUGCAGCCUGCAGCCCAAUUCGAUGCCCAGGAAUUGAGGACAGCCCUGAAGGCCCCAGGUUCUGCUGAAGAUGUAGCCAUGGAAAUUCUUGCCACCCGAGCCCCAGCUCGCCUGCAGGAAUGCCUGGCAGUCUACAAACACAAUUUCCAGGCGGAGGCCCAGGAGGACAUCAGGUGUGAAACCAGUGGCAUGUUGCGGGACCUGCUCCUGGCUCUGGCCAAGGGGGGCCGUGAAAGCUACUCUGGAAUCAUUGACUACAAUCUGACAGAACAGGAUGUCCAGGCUCUACAGCAAUCUGCAAGGCCCAGCUCGGAGGAGCCAUGGGUCCUAAUCUUCACCCAGCGCAAUCCCGAACACCUCAUCCGAGUGUUUAAUCAGUACCAGCAGUGCACUGGGCACGAGGUGGAGGAAGCUAUCAGGAAGCACUUCCCGGAGGAUGCCCAGGCGGCCCUGCUCAGCCUAGCCUCGGUGAUCAGGAACACACCACUGUACUUUGCAGACAAACUUCAGUUAGCCCUGCAGGAAACUGAGCCCAAUUACCAAGUCCUGAUGCGAAUCCUUAUCUCUCGAAGUGAGACUGACCUUCUAAGCAUCCGAGCUGAGUUCAAGAAGAAGUUUGGGAAGUCUUUGUAUUCUUCUCUCCAGGACGCAGUGAAAGGAGACUGCAGGUCAGCCCUGCUGGCCUUGUGCAGAGCAGAAGACAUGUGACAUCUUCUGGCCCAUCGUCCUCAUGUGACAUUCAAGGACAAGAGAUACCUAUGUGUGCUUGAGCCUGCGGUAGUCCAGCUGGGCCUCCAAAUAGAAUAUUUCCAUGGAGUACCACAUACUUGAACUUCUCCUUGAGAGGCUAUACCUUUCUUUUAAAUCCCUUAAAUUCCCAUAUCUCAAAACAUGGUCUUGUCCCAGAGUCUUUCACCUCUGUCUUGGGGUGGGGUAACAGGACCGCUUCCACAGUGUUUGCCCCACUCAUCCUUCCCCUAUCCUGGCCAGAAUAUACUGCUUGUACUUGACUUCUUUGGCAAACGUCACCAUCGUUCAUGGUCCCUGAUUGAAGUUCGGGUGGAACAGGACAUGGACCAGGAAAGAGGCCUUGGAGCUGGAGGCACCUUUGAUGUGUUCUUGGCUACUCAGCAAGGUAUCCUGUUUUUACCUCUGUGAGCAAUCCACACUCUUGGGUCUCCCCUCACCCUCUGUAUUCUCUCAGGAAAUUUGAGGCAAGAUAAUUGAGAAGCAAACACCAGAACAAGGUCAGAAGGUAGCUAAGGACCGUCUACAUGAACUGGCAAGAAAGGAUC